UUUUGUGACGGAGACCCGGGUGACUGACUGGGACGGGCGGCGAACAGUCACAGCGCCGAGGGCGGCCCGGCGGGGCGAGGGCGGAGCGGGCGCCGCUGCGCUGACGGCCGCGGCAGAAAGGGGGCGGCCGCGCCCAUUUCCUCCGCUCAGCCGGGGCUGGCGGGAUCCGCAUCCGCGAGCGGCGCCUCCGGACUGUGCCGGGCUGGGGCGAGACGGCUCUGGCCGAGCCUGCGGCGGCUGCUGCCAUCCCUCCGGACGCUCCGAAGUCCACCGCGCGGUUCGCUUUCCGGCUGCCCGUAUGGAUGCGGCGCUGAAGCGGAGCCGCUCGGAGGAGCCGGCAGAGCUCCCGCCGUCGGCCCGGGACUUGGAGGAAGAGGAGGAAGAGGGGAUGGAACAGGGGCUGGAGGAGGAAGAAGAGGUGGACCCCCGGAUCCAGGGAGAAUUGGAAAAGUUAAAUCAAUCCACGGAUGACAUCAACAGACGGGAGACUGAACUUGAGGACGCCCGUCAGAAGUUCCGCUCUGUGCUGGUGGAAGCAACGGUGAAGCUGGACGAAUUGGUGAAGAAAAUUGGCAAAGCCGUGGAGGACUCGAAGCCCUACUGGGAGGCGCGGAGGGUGGCGAGGCAGGUCAUGGAGGCGGAGCAGACCAAGACGAGGAGCGAGCUGGUGCACAAGGAGACGGCGGCCAGGUACAACGCGGCCAUGGGCCGCAUGCGGCAGCUGGAGAAGAAACUCAAGAGGGCCAUCAACAAGUCCAAGCCUUAUUUUGAACUCAAGGCGAAGUACUACAUCCAGCUUGAGCAACUGAAGAAGACUGUGGAUGACCUGCAGGCCAAACUGGCCCUGGCGAAAGGCGAGUACAAGACGGCCCUGAAGAACCUGGAGAUGAUCUCGGACGAGAUCCACGAGCGGCGGCGCUCCAGCGCCAUGGGGCCUCGGGGCUGCGGCGUGGGGGCUGAGGGCAGCAGCACAUCUGUGGAGGACCUGUCAGGGAGCAAGCCUGAGCCAGAUGCCGUUUCUGUGGCCUCCGAGGCCUUUGAAGAUGACAACUGCAGCAACUUCGUGUCUGAAGACGACUCGGAAACCCAGUCGGUAUCCAGCUUUAGUUCGGGGCCGACGAGCCCAUCAGAGAUGCCUGACCAGUUCCCCGCAGUCGUGCGGCCUGGCAGCCUGGACCUGCCCAGCCCCGUGUCCCUGUCGGAGUUUGGGGUCAUGUUCCCGGUGUUGGGCCCUCGCAGCGAGUGCAGUGGAGCCUCCUCCCCCGAGUGUGAGGUAGAACGAGGAGACAGGGCAGAAGGGGCAGAGAAUAAAACAAGUGACAAAGCCAACAACAACCGCAGCGGCAAGAGCCGAAGUUGCACCGCCCGCGAGGGCCAGGCCCUGGAGGGCAGGAUGAAGCAGCUGUCCCUCCAGUGCUCAAAGGGGAGAGACGGGCUCAGUGCUGACAGAAAAACGGUGCAGAUUGGCUGAUCCGUCCAGAGCCCUGGCCCAAGUGCAGAGCAGUAUUUAUACACGAAGCUGUAUGGAGAACAUUGUGCCAAUAAUCAUUUACUAUAUGCCAAAUCUGAAGCGUUUACUCUCAACCGCACUGAUGAAGUGUGACCUUGAGGGCUGAAGAGUGUUCUUCUGGGAGAGAGCUCUUGGGCCGGUUUGUUUUUCAGAGCAGAGGCGUCAUUGCAGUGGACUGUGGCCAGGGUCACAGCCUUUGUGGAGUAUUACCCGUAACAGUGUUAUGGAAGCAAUAACUAGUUCCUGUGAAAGAAGCCGAGCCAGGAAAGGGGCUGGGAAGCGGAGCCAGACUGGGGUCGACAGCUUGCUUCUCUUUUCCUUCUCUUACCCUCAAUUUGGGAAGAUGGAGAUGGUGUCUCCUUUAUAUCCCAGGGGAUCGAAAUGAAAAAACACAAAAACUCAAAUAUUCAGAACACACCUUUUUGACCCAGCGAAGGCUUAAAAAAAAAAAAAAAACCAAACCAAGAACACAAUUCAUCACCUCUGGUAUUCAGAAGGGGCUUCUUAAAAAAGCGUAUGUGCUGGGAUACCCAUUAGAACCAUUUUCUAUAAAGGUUACCAUGAACUGCACUUUUUGGGGUGGGAAAGGUGAAUGCCAACGUGGGGAUGGGAGGGAUGGAGGGUAGCAGGGACACACCAUAGAAGAUGAUUUGUGGCUGUGUGGGGGGAGGGUCUGUAGCAUAAACCUUAUCCUACCAGCCAGGGGACUUAAGAGAAGUGCAUGUGAAGAAUGGUUGCCAUUGUUAUAUCUAGACUGACAAGGUGUCAAUUUCUCUGUAGGUUGUGACUUUAAAAAUAAAUUAUUUAAGGGUUAUGCUGCAUUAGUAUUUCUUAGACGGAAUUGUUCCUUAAUGCUAGGAAAGGGAGUAGGCAUGUGUUGGCACAGGCUGUUAAAUAGAAGCAAAGAAGUCUGUUAUGCUAAUAGUAGUACGUGUUAAGACUGCUUUUCUUUAAUGUUUUCAUGGUUACACAUAUUUAGAGCACUGUAUUUUAUUUGUCUUUUUUUGUUAAGGAAACUUAGCAUUUCUAAAAGAAAAGCAACCCCAUUUCAAGUUGUCUGUUAAUCCUGACACAGCUUGUAUAUUUUAGUCAUUUGUAAAUCUCUUCCUAUUGUAGUGUUUUCUCCUUUUUUAAUGACCGAUACAGUAUCCUAAUUACUAGGUUAUUUUGUACUUGUCUUAAUUCCUUGAGUGUAAUAAAAAUGGCUGAAGACAA